GCAGCAGCAGCCGGAGAAGCGCUGGUAUAAACAUUGCGAUUUACUGAGAGUAGCCAGGACCAGAACCCUCUGCGGAUAUUAUUCUCCAUCACUGCUAAGGUGAUGAGUGGGAUUAUAUCAUGUCUGAAGUACAGGGAACACUGGAGUUUUCUGUAGAGUUGCACAAGUUUCACAAUGUGGAUCUCUUUCAAAGAGGGUUCUAUCAGGUCCGAGUAGGCUUGAAGGUCUCACCUCGAGUGCCCCACAGGUUGAUAGCAACAACACAAGAUAAUGCAGGAGAAUGCAGCUUCAGCUCGGCGGGGGUAUACGACGGCACCGUGUUCAGCCGGAUAUUUCAGAUCCUUUACAGGAACGAGGAGAUUGCGGUUAAUGACUGCAUGAUCUUCAAAGUCCACCUGCUUCUGGACGGAGAAAGGGUGGAGGAAGCGCUGAGUGAGGUGGACUUCCAAUUGAAGCUGGAUCUUCAUUUCACAGACAAUGAGCAACAGCUGGCAGACAUAGUGACUGUUCCGCUGAUCAGUAGUCGGACCCUCAGCCUCCAUUUCCACCCGAGGAGAGGCCUGCACCACCACGUCCCAGUCAUGUUCGACUACUUCCACCUGUCCGUCAUCUCUGUCUCCACACAUGCUUCACUGGUUGCCUUACAUCAGCCGCUAAUCAGCUUUGCACGUACAGGGAAGGGCUCUUGGCUGGGGAAAGGCUCGCCAGACAGUACAGGCGACCCAUCUGCCAUGACUGUAGAGAACCUUGUGUUUGGCGCUGGCUACUGCAAGCCUGUCAUCUCUGAGGGGAGCUUUUAUGUGCCCAGUGAAAACUGCCUGCAGAGAGCUCACACGUGGCACCGAAGACUCUGUCGCCUCCUGCUGGUGGCUUACAGAGGCCUGCACACCUACUAUGAUGCACUGAUGAAGGAGAUCCCACAGCUCCAGCAGAAGCCACUGGACUCAGAGGUGCUGCCUGUAGAAGAAACUCUAAACACACUCACCAUAGAGUUACAGCUGCAGGACAGCCAUGAAAAAGUGGGAGAGCAGAUCAGCAGGGAUGUGAGCCAGCUCUGCUCCCAGCUGACUGCUCUGUGGAGCCGCUUCCUGGCGGCCGCUGUGUUCAACCCCCACAUCCUCUCCUACCUGGCCCAGGAGCACCACACGCUCAGGGUCAGGAGGUUCUCAGAGGCCUACUUCUUCUCGGAGCACCCCAAAGAGAUCUCUCUGACUUUCCAAGAGGAGCUAAUCAACAGACAUGGCCAGAUAGCUGCAGAAGUGCGGAGCUCAGACUACCUGACCAAGAUGCCUCCUUUACCUGUCGAGUGCCUGGACAUCGAUGGAGACUGGAACAGCCUACCCAUCAUCUUUGAGGACAGAUAUGUAGAGUCUCCUCAAACAGAGAGGGUAUCACAUGUGCCAACAGCUGACAGGCAGAAAAACCCAGACCGUGCCAUCUCUUCUGCCGAGGUGAUUUUUGAAAGCCGCCAGGGAGCCAGAUCACCAGCAAUACCUGAGGAUCCCUUGGACAGCGAUGACUGCAUGGAUCUCCCCACCUAUGUCUCACUCAUAGGGGAGCAGAGUAAGAUCCGUACCAACAGCACUAAGCAGCGCUCUGUUCCUGACGUGGAUAGUGCUGAACUUUCUCUAGCAGAGGCAGAAAACUUGAAGAAACCAGGAGAAAAACAAGGCCAGCUCCAGGAGAGCUGUAAUCCAGGCCGGAGGUACGCUGAAGUUAAGCCUUCUGAUGUAGAUCCUUCUAGAGGGGAAGAAGAGCUGGUUCACUCCUCAACCCAUAAUCCUCUGGAUGACUGUAGUAACACCAGCGAUGAGCAUCUUACUCAUGGUGUGACAGACAGCGCUGCUCGACUCUGCGAUGCCACGAACAACAGCGAUGUAAGGGACGGUGAAAACACCGAAGAGGAGUCAGAUAUCGCCAUGCCACUAAACCGCUCCAUGGAUGACGACACUGAGGAUGUCCCUCUCAUCGGCCUACCCACUGCCUAUGCACAUCCAGCUGUACUUCCCUUUCCUGGGGAUCUCAGGAAAGAGAUGCCUCACCGUGGAGGUCUCGCCGGCUCCAAGAUCAUGAAACGCUCUUCAUCAGUUAUUUCCGACUCAGGUAUUGAGAGUGAGCCCAGCUCAGUGGCGUGGCCCCUGGAGGUGGCGCUACGAGGUCGACCUCCCCUUGACUUCUCCAGUGAGCGAGAGAUCCCAAAGCAAAUCGUGUGUCGCCACCCAGUCCACCGCAGCUCUCUGGAAGGCCUGAGGCUGGAGAGCAAUGGCAGCAUUCCAAGCGGAGGUAUACAGGCCUCACUCACCUCCAUCAGCUCCCUACCCUACGAGGAGGACCAGCAGCAGAGGCAGCUCAGCAAACUCACCAAGUCGGUCUCUGCCCCGCAGAUCAGCAGCCCCGAAGACACCGAGGGGGACCAUGUGCUGCUCAACCAGGAAACAGAUACCAACAGCUUAGUGGAAGAGCAGGAUUCAUUCAAAACCACACGCUCCUCUUUGAAUGGCAACCUGGACUCAGAGCAAUCACACCUUCUAGACCCGAGUUCAACAACACACCUUCAGCAUACACUUAAGGAGAAUAUUAGCUCUGAGAUGUCAGACUCUCAGUACCUGUCAGAGACACACACAACCAAGUCGGUGUUAAGUGGCAUGUCUGAAGUCUUGCUUUUACAAGAGUCUGCUGAAAGCCCUUAUGUGAAGGAAAGCAAUGUUAUUGGCAGCCAGGGGGAGAAAAUGAAGCAUCAAACACACAUCAGUGGAGCAGGCGCCUCAGUGGAGGAUGUGCAUUUUGUUGAAACAGAAGCAGCUCCCUGCAGCUGUGAAAACACACCAUGUGUGCAUAAAAGUGCAGCAGAUCAGGAGAGAAUUAACACUGGAGAUGAGUGCCAAAGUUUCCAUAGGACCACUUUGCUUAAGGACCAGGAGUGUCUUUAUCCCUCCACAGAGUCUCCAGGGCUCCAACAUGCCCCAUCAGACUCCUUCAACAGAACCACUACCACCACACAAAGGCCGAGUGACCUCUCAGGGCUGAAAGCCAAUGACGUAUCAUCAUCUGCUGAUCACAACGGGACAUCAACCAGUGAAAAAGAGCCUCUGGACUGUCAGACUAAGCCCUCGAAGAUCCCCAACUCAGGGCUGGCCUUCGUGAAUAAGAAGAUGGUGGAGGUGGUGAACAUGUCGGUGUCCUGUGCCCCGACAUGUCUGCCAUUUUCUUCCGUUCUAAGAGACUCUCCAUCCAUCAGUGGGAUGUCCACCCGCCAGACUACCUCACCUAUUACCCAUCAGCCCCUGGGCUCCUUCGGUAUCAUCUCCUCCUCGUCACUCAGUCCGCUGAACAUGGAUGAUGAGACCAAUGAGCGGAUGCUAAAUUUCUACAAAGCCAAAGAGGAGCUGUUCAGGGAGCUGAGCUUUCAGGCCAGCUUGUACAGCGACCUUCCUCUCCUGGCGUCGGACCUGCCCUACUUUCCCCCCGAGGAGGACGACGAGGAGUUUGAUGAUGGCAUACACCUUGUGGUUUGCGUCCACGGGCUUGAUGGAAACAGCGCGGACCUACGGCUGGUGAAAACAUUCAUCGAGCUCGGACUGCCUGGCUCCAGGCUGGACUUCCUCAUGUCUGAGAGGAACCAGAUUGACACGUUUGCAGAUUUCGACACCAUGACGGACAGGUUGUUGGAUGAGAUCAUUCAGCAUAUCCAGCUGUACAAUCUCACCAUUGGCAGGAUAAGCUUCAUCGGCCACUCUCUGGGGAACAUCAUCAUCCGCUCUGUGCUGACGAGGCCUCGCUUCCGCUGCUAUUUGCCCAAACUGCACACUUUCCUCUCGCUGUCAGGCCCACACUUGGGAACGCUGUACAACAACAGCACACUGGUCAGCACAGGUCUUUGGUUAAUGCAGAAGCUGAAGAAAUCCGGAUCCUUACUGCAGCUCACCUUCAGAGAUCACGUCGAUCCACGGAAAACAUUCCUCUAUCUCCUGAGCCAGAAACCAGGGCUCCAGUUCUUCAAGAACGUGGUGUUGGUGGCGUCUCCACAGGACCGUUAUGUUCCUUUCCACUCUGCCAGAAUUGAGAUGUGCAAAACUGCUCUUAAAGACAGGACCACAGGCCCAGUAUACACUGAGAUGAUAAACAACCUCCUGCAGCCGCUCGUGGAGGCUAAAGAGUGCCGGCUGAUCCGCCAGAAUGUUUUCCACGCUUUACCCAACACGGCCAACACCCUGAUCGGACGUGCUGCCCACAUCGCAGUCUUGGAUUCGGAGCUCUUCCUCGAGAAGUUCUUCUUGGUGGCGGGGCUGAACUACUUCAAAUAAGGUGCUAUGACUGCAGGCUAAAGGACUGGACCUGGUACUGAGGAUAAGGUCUUCACCCUCGCUUUGUACAGAAUAUUUAUUGUAUAGAACCCCUGGUACCCACGAGGCAGGACCUGUAUAUCCAUUCGUUAGGAUUGUUAGCAGCUGUUAUUUAAAGAUCAGUGUUUGGUGACUGUUUGAAAUGCUCACUCAGAAGUCUGAGUUUGACGUGUAGCCAUGCAAAACAAAACAUCUGACAUCCAUCACAGAAUUGAUCGUGGAUGUUUUUUGGCCUUAUGAAUAACCUCUCAACCAGAACACUAACAGAUGCUUAUUGUGAGCGAAAGCAUUUAACUUCUUUCCCUUUAGAGCUGGUUUAGGGCCCGGUGGAUUCUCCUUCAAGGGCCACUCAAUGAUCGUCCUUAGAGGCAAGGCAAUAGAUGCUCAGCAUUUAUCCCCUCGAUUGUACAUGAAGUCGUUUUGUUGUACGAAUCAUAGAUGUUCCUUUAUACAGAAAUGAAUUGUUUGAGAUAUUUAUUUUUUAUCUGCUUGUGCGUCGACAGUGUUAUUCCACCUCAAUGUGAUCAUCAUGUGAUGUUAUCAUGAAGUGUUUAUAUGGAAUAAAACCGAGGCAGAGUCA